UGAUUUUGAUGCGCUGAGAUCUCCGGCUGCCGUGCGUUGAGAGGACUUGGCAGAGGCGAUUCUGAUGAUGCCCUCGUGCCCGUUGCCAGCACCAGUGCCAGCUCAAACCAGUAUUCAACCAUUCUGGGCUCAACCCUGAAAAUCUGAGAACAUCACCAGUUUCCAACAUCGCAUACGGAAACGCAUCAUAAUAUAAGGGUUACACCUUCCCCCUUUGCGCGCCCCUCAUACCCCAUAUUUCCAGCUGCACCCGAAAAUUCGUUUCUCCCCUCCCUUCUCGUACCUCAACCACGCAACGCGGUGGAGUCAAUCAGGCCUUCAAGUCACCAGCCUUCUCCACUCCAAGCCGCGAACUGUUGUCCCCGUCUGAUCCACGCCGCAACCCGAUUGAGCGUCGCCCAAGUGAGCCAAGUGCUCCUGGCCGAACAAGUCAGCCUCGUGGGCUUAACUCACAUACUCCAUAUACUACCAAACUGCGCUUGCGGUCACGGCUACGGCGACGACCACGACUUGUUGACAUUCACGAGUCGCGCGCACGAGGGCACAAAAGAAUACGGGGAAGGAGCUAUUUAAGCCCUGUAUCUUCAACCGAAUUUCAAGAAUAAUUUCCGCCCCUUUCUGAAAAUGGCGGCAUACGAACCAUCGCCACCAGACGAAGGCUACAGCGAAGACCCGUUAACAAUGGGCGCAACAGCUAACACGCCAACGCCUCUCUGGCUGUCUAAGAUGACAGUGCCAGAGCGUACUGGUAUGUCGACUCUUCAUUGAACGAAUUGCUGGGUUUUCUGAUGCUGAUUUUCCAUAGAAUAUGUCAUGGGCCUCAUCGACCAGCUACCUACCUCGGCACUCUGUGAAAUAGUUAAUCGAUUGCGUCCUCGACUCUAUAUCAACUUCUUCCAGUACUUGCCUCCAGAGGUUUGCUUAAAAAUUCUCGGGUUCCUUGAUCCAAUAUCCUUAAUACAUACCGCUCGUGCAUCACGAGAAUGGAUGCGUCUGGCCCUGGACAGAAGGCUUUGGGAGGCACUAUAUAUGAUGGAAGGCUUUCGAGUGAUUAGAUCAGAGGUGCAAAAGUUUGAACUUGCUAUAAACGCCAACGACGACAGAUCCCGACCGACGAGUGAUUCUGAGCAUGACAGCAAAAGAAGGGCUACGCCACAAAGAAUAAUCCCAACUUUACACACUGACGACGAUUAUGAAAUGAUCGACGCAGAUUCGGCGCCAGCACCAGUCCCAGUAUCAAUAUUCGGUCCUGUCUUAACCUCGGAGCCUAAGCAGGCUGAUCCUGCUGCCUCAAAGUCAGAUACAGAUAUUCAAAUGGUCUCCCCAAAGGGUUACACAAGCUCACAAGCGAGUAAAUCUUCUGAAUUUCCCAGUCGUAAUACAACAAGAUUUUCAUCCGGAUCUAUUCAACGAAGCUCGGAUUCAAUUGAUCCAACCUAUUCUCGCUACUCUGGUAAUCUGUCCAAUAUGUCUUCUUUGGUUGUAGUGGAUAGGGGAGAUAAACGAAAGAAGCUUAAUUGGCAGUAUCUUUACUCUCAAAGGAGGCGACUCGAAGCAAAUUGGGAGGCUGAAAAAUACGUCAACUUUCAAUUACCACACCCACAAUAUCCGGAAGAGGCUCACCAGGAGUGCAUUUAUACCAUUCAACACUGCGGCAAAUACCUAGUCAGUGGUAGUAGGGAUCAAACUCUCCGUAUCUGGAAUCUUAAUACCCAACGCCUUGUCCGUUCUCCUCUACGUGCACACAGUGGAUCUGUUCUGUGUCUUCAAUUUGAUGCCGAUCCUGAAGAGGAUUUGAUCGUAUCUGGAAGUAGCGAUGCUACAGUGGUUCUAUGGCGGUUUUCUACUGGUCAGAUCAUACAACGACUAAGAAAAGCUCAUCGAGAAUCAGUGCUCAACGUCAGGUUCGACAAACGUGUUUUAAUUACAUGCUCAAAGGACAAAACCAUCAAAAUUUUUAAUCGAAGAUCUAUUCAUCCAGGAGAUACCAAAUUCCCCGGACCUUCUAAUCCCGUUGACCCUGUUCCAACAUAUUUGAACAAUUAUGGCUUGAACCCUUCACCGACAGCAGGCUUAAUUCCAGCAUACACAUUGAUAGGAUGUUUAGAAGGCCAUCAUGCAGCAGUAAAUGCUGUUCAAAUUCACGGCGAUGAAAUUGUUUCUGCUUCUGGUGACCGAACAGUCAAAGUAUGGAAUUGGAAGGAUCAAAAGUUGACCAAGACUUUGAUUGGUCAUACCAAGGGCAUCGCAUGUGUUCAAUACGACGGUCGAAGAAUUGUUAGUGGAAGUAGCGACAAUGAAGUCAAGGUUUUUGACAGAGUGUCUGGAGUAGAAGUCGCAAGUCUUCGAGGUCACUCACACCUCGUACGUACAGUUCAAGCAGGAUUUGGUGAUCUGCCUUAUAGCACAGAAGACGACCAGCAAUCUGCCAAAAAUAUUGAUGGCCAGUUUUUCAAAGCAUUGGAGUCUGGAGCUAUCACUAGAGAAAUGUACCAACAGAGAGGUCGCCCAAGAAAUGCUGGCUCAAGGAGGCCAGAAGACAUAACGGCCUAUGGCGCUUCGUUGCCUCCUGGAGGUGGUGGUGGCAAGUUUGGUCGUAUAGUUUCUGGCUCUUAUGAUGAAACCAUUAUCAUUUGGCGUCGAGAUAAAGAGGGUGUUUGGCGUGCUCAGCAUACCUUGAGACAAGAGGAAGCUGCAAACAAUGCCUCGCGAGAAUUCCGAGCAAUUAACCAUACACCGAGUGCCAAUACACAAGCAGCACCGACUUCGUUACCUAUGUCCAUGGACACUGUGGAUACAACCACACCCACAGCCUCCCAAAAUACCUCUGCACCAAACAGCAGCGCGCAAGUGGAUGAUACUUUCUAUCGUCAUUUAGUUGACUUAAUAAUUCCUCAGGGACCUGUCGCCUUGAGGCAUGGCCUUCAUGUGCAUCCUCAGAUCCUCAACCACCCACAUUUGGGCGAAGCAAUUCAAGCUCUUUCUGGACCACUCCAACAAGCCAUGUCGGCAGUUGUCGCGCACGCAAUGCAGUCCCGUCAACAACCAUUUGGUGCUGCUUCGUCGACCGCCUCUCAACCCGCAACUCAACAAGAAGCGAAUGCUUCAACGUCUCCUGCCCAAACUCUCCCUUCCGCCCCAGUUUCGGCUUCGGCCCUAGCGCCAAUGCAACCACCAGCCGCCCCACAGAAUGCAGAUUCUAUUCCUGGUACUCUUCCAGAUGCCAAUCCGGUUCCUGUCCCGGCAACUGUACAAGCAGCCCCGGCCAACCCUCCAACCCAUCAUCAUCAUCAUCACCAUCUUCCAGCAAACAUGGCGAGAGUUUUUAAGCUGCAGUUCGAUGCAAGAAGAAUCAUCUGUUGUUCCCAGACUUCCGUCAUUGUUGGCUGGGACUUUGCCAACGGCGAUGAGCAGAUUAUCGAAGCUAGCAGGUUUUUUGCGCCUGUCGAGUGA